UAUUAUUAUUUACAGAUCGGCCAAAUGUCAACCUUUGCAAUACCAUAAAAAAGAGAAAUAUUAGACUAAGUUUUCCAAAAUAAUGUAAUGUUGAAUUUCCAAUCGUUGACUGUGGCCUGAUUCAUUUCUUUUUGAAUGCAGACAAGGCUCCUUUAAUAGACUCAAAUUUCGAAACAAAAUCCAAAGAUCUUUCAAUCUCCCAAAUUUUACUUGCAAAAUUUAGCAAGAAAGUGUGGCCGAUUUCUGUGUCUUAAUGAAGCAAGUAUCAAGUCUAUAACCCCUAUCAUCUUCCUAUAACCUACUUGCUGCACGCACCUCUGCAACUGCAAGAACAAAAGAGAAAGAAGAUGCAUAGUUUUGGUUAUAGAUUGAACAGCCUUCUCACAUAUGCGGCCACCAUUCUCGCUCUAAUGUGCGCCGUGGCCUCCUUCUCUGACAAGUUAAGCCUUCCCUCUCCUAACGCCGAACUUCAGGUGGUCAAGAUAAAUCGGUUCAGAAAGGGCCCGAGUGGGAACGAUGAGGUUACCUUAACUUUGAAUAUAGCUGCUGACUUACGAUCAGCAUUUACAUGGAACACAAAGCAGGUUUUUGUCUUUGUGGCAGCUGAGUACAUCACGGUGAAGAAUUCCUUGAAUCAGAUCUCACUGUGGGAUCAUAUAAUCCCUUCACGAGACCGUGCCAUAUUGCAAACUCAAACCAAAGUAAAGUACCCCUUGACGGAUCAGGGAAACCAUCUUCGUGGAAAAUACUUCAACUUGACCUUGCAUUGGCACGUUAUGCCCAACGUUGGGAGAAUGAUUGCUGAUAAGAUUGUAAUGCCUACCAUCUUUAGUCUUCCCAAGGAAUAUCAUUAAUGUUUAGGUUGCCCACUAUUGUACUAUGCCUUGGUAUUUUUCUAGAGGAUAUCUUGGUGUGAUGAUAGACUGGCAAAUUUUCUUUAGUUUCUAUUACUGAAUGAUUUUAUUUUAUGUUCGGUCAGGUUUGUAUGAGGUGCGCACCUUAUACUAUACAAGUAAGGUGCACCUCUAAAUUUUGCUGGAAGUCGUAGUUGCGAAGUAGUUGCGGUGUCACGGUGGCUUGAAAAUUUAUAUUCAACCCUAAUUUUGGACA